AUGAUGAAUUGUAACAUGCUGUCAAUGAUUCAGAUGAUCCGGAUCAUCCUGCCUCUGACGGCAGCCAGGGGACGAGGAGCCAUCAUGAACAUAUCCUCUGAGGCUGGCAGACAGCCUUCCCCAUUCUUGGCAUUAUAUGGGGCUACUAAGGCCUUUAUGAAUAGCUUCUCUCGGGCUGUGGCCUUGGAAUACCAGUCCUCUGGAGUCAUCAUACAGACUCUUACUCCUCUGGCUGUUUCCAGCAACAUGAGGCAGAUGCCACCCAGAAAAUUGUUGGUGAAGUCUUCAGAUGACUUUGUCAGAGAAGCCUUGGACACCGUAGGCAUCUCUAACUUCACCUGGGGGUGUUUCCUACACUCUGUCCACAGCUUGUUGCUGUGGCCCCUGACUUCCAACUCCAAAUUCAUCACCCUGAUUCUGACGUUCUUCAACUCUCAGUUCAGAGCAUUCAGCAGAUCCUGA